AUGCAGCUAAACAAAAAGAAUUUGCUAAUUGGCUACUUAGAGCAUAUUCCUACUGUUGCUGAAAUAGAAGGCAAUAUUAUUCAACUUUCUAAAAAUAUUAUUUUGCCAUUCCAAGAUAUAAAUGCUCUGAUUCAUUUUAUUUACCCUAAUCUCUCUGCAAGUUCUGAUUCUCAAUAUUUAGUCAAACGUGCAAUACUUGCUCCAAAAAAUAAACAUGUUAAUGCUAUUAAUGCUGCUAUUAUGACUCAAUUUCCUGGUGAAGCUGUUGAAUAUCUUAGUGCUGACACAAUUAAAAAUCAAACAGAAUCUAAUCAUCAAUAUCUAAUAGAGUUCCUUAAUUCUCUUAUCAUUGGAG